GUGUGUGUACGUGAAAAGCUGUUGUGUGCUGUUCUGAUAAAUAAACCAGUUUGUGCAGUACAGAAAUCGGUGUGUUAUGAGCGGGUGUGUCUGUAAUUCUACUGGAUCUGAAUUCUGUUAACACAUCCAGUGUGUAAGGAGAGAACUGGAGCUACUGACACACACACACACAGAGAGAGAGUGUUACAGUGCAGUUUUACCCGUCACACCUGAUGUGCUGUGCGUGUUGGACCAGUCCUACCACUGUUGACCGCUACAAAUUCCUUUCACACUCAUCAUGAAAGCACUGAUUCUUGUCGGAGGAUAUGGCACAAGAUUACGGCCGCUCACGCUUAGCGUUCCGAAGCCUCUGGUGGAGUUUUGUAACAAACCCAUCCUUCUCCAUCAAGUGGAAGCUUUAGCCAAGGCUGGAGUCAGUCAUGUCAUUCUGGCUGUGAGCUACAUGUCUGAGCUUCUGGAACGAGAGAUGAAAGAGCAGGAACAGAGACUUAGAAUAAAAAUCUCACUUUCUCAUGAGAAGGAGCCGCUGGGCACAGCUGGACCGCUUGCUCUGGCUCGAGACUUGCUGACGGACAACGAUGAGCCGUUUUUUGUGCUCAACAGUGAUGUGAUCUGUGACUUCCCCUUUGAAGACAUGCUCAAAUUCCAUAAGCACCAUGGAAAAGAGGGCACCAUUGUUGUGACCAAAGUGGAAGAGCCGUCAAAGUAUGGUGUGGUGGUGUAUGAAGGAGAGACUGGUCGCAUUCAUCGCUUUGUUGAGAAGCCCCAGGUCUUCGUCUCCAGCAAGAUCAACGCUGGAAUGUACAUCUUCAGCCCGAGCAUGUUGAGAAGAAUCCAGUUGAGACCCACGUCCAUAGAAAAGGAGAUCUUUCCCAUCAUGGCUGAGGAGGGGCAACUUUAUGCCAUGGAGCUUCAAGGAUUUUGGAUGGAUAUUGGUCAGCCCAAAGACUUCCUGACAGGCAUGUGUAUGUACCUGCAGUCUGUCAGACAGCAGGCUCCGGAGAGACUCCGAACUGGACCUGGCUUCAUUGGCAAUGUGCUUGUGGACCCUACGGCUGUGAUUGGGGAGAACUGCACGAUUGGGCCGAACGUGACCAUCGGUGCUGGUGUGGUGCUGGAGGAUGGUGUGCGAAUCAAACGUUGUACUGUAUUGAAGGGAGCUCACAUUCGCUCACACUCCUGGUUAGAGUCGUGCAUCGUAGGCUGGAGCUCCUCUGUAGGACAGUGGGUGCGGAUGGAGAACGUGACGGUUCUUGGUGAGGAUGUGAUCGUCAGUGAUGAGCUCUACAUUAACGGUGCUAAUGUUUUACCCCAUAAAUCCAUCACGGACUCCGUCCCUGAGCCCCGCAUCAUCAUGUAGUAGAACUUCCAUAGUUUUUUUUAAAUGACAACAAACUGUAAAUGCAGAGCAGUCCUUUGGCACCUGGUUGAUUCAUAUAUAUGUGUAUGUUGGAAGAAUUGAAGCGCUGCACAAUAAGAGGGGGAAAAAUGUAUGCAAACACAAAACACUUAGAUGAAGGUUCGAUCAGUUCUGGGUGUGACAGAAAUGACAUUAUUUGAGCCCAAGGCUGAAAAUGUCACACUGCCUUAAAACAAAUAAGGGGUCUCAUGUCCCAUAUGCAGCUUGUUUUGUAUUUUCUUUUUCUUUUUUUCAGUUCUAAUAAAUUGGGAUAGUAAUAGGCA